GUUCCGAUGCAUAAAAUCCAAGUGCUCUCCCUUCUCACAUCUAGCGUCAAGUCCCACAUCCCCUACCUUGCUAUGAGUACAGCUGUAACUGUAGCAACUGGUGUCGGGUGGGGAUGUGAAAGGAGCCCAGCAGAGAAAGAAGGUCGGAGCGACCGACAGGGGAUGAGACUGGACAGCAUCCACAAGGGAAACACCUCGAAGGAGAGGAUUUUCCAGCAGCUUGCUCAGGACCCUCUGGAGCCGCAGCUGGAACUCACCCCUCUGUUAGUCAUGAACUCUACAUGCUGCCUGUUUUCUGCUUAUCCAAUGCUGCCUAACCUCUCAGAGCACCCUGCAGCCCCUUCUGCCAGCAACCGGAGCAGCAGCGGGUUCUGCGAGCAGGUCUUCAUCAAGCCCGAGGUCUUCCUGGCGCUGGGUAUCGUCAGCCUGAUGGAAAACAUCCUGGUGAUCCUGGCUGUGGUCAGGAACGGCAACCUGCACUCCCCCAUGUACUUCUUUCUCUGUAGCCUGGCUGCAGCCGACAUGCUGGUGAGCGUGUCCAACUCCCUAGAGACCAUCAUGAUCGCCAUUAUCAACAGCGACUCCCUGACCUUGGAGGACCAAUUCAUCCAGCACAUGGACAACAUCUUCGACUCCAUGAUCUGCAUCUCCCUGGUGGCCUCCAUCUGCAACCUCCUGGCCAUCGCUGUGGACAGGUAUGUUACCAUCUUCUAUGCCCUUCGUUACCACAGCAUCAUGACAGUAAGGAAGGCCCUCACCUUGAUCGUGGCCAUUUGGGUCUGCUGUGGCAUCUGCGGUGUGAUGUUCAUCAUCUACUCUGAGAGCAAGAUGGUCAUCGUGUGCCUCAUCACUAUGUUCUUCGCCAUGGUGCUCCUCAUGGGCACCCUGUACAUCCACAUGUUCCUCUUUGCCAGGCUACAUGUCCAGCGCAUCGCUGCCUUGCCACCAGCUCAUGGGGUGGCCCCACAGCAGCACUCAUGCAUGAAGGGAGCCGUCACCAUCACCAUCCUUCUGGGGGUGUUCAUCUUCUGCUGGGCACCUUUCUUCCUCCACUUGGUCCUCAUCAUCACCUGCCCGACCAACCCUUACUGCAUCUGCUAUACAGCACAUUUCAACACCUACCUGGUCCUCAUCAUGUGCAACUCUGUCAUUGACCCCCUCAUCUAUGCCUUCCGCAGCCUGGAACUGCGCAACACAUUCAAGGAGAUUCUCUGUGGCUGCAAUGGCAUGAACUUGGGCUAGGGUACCAGUGGAGGUGCUCCAUAGCUAGACAAGGGGCUUAGGGACAAAACUCUCAGAAGAGACAUUAAGAAUGUUAACAGCCGUGACUGUGCUUGGCUUCACCUUUAAGCUGGUGGCCCUUUGCAAAGGGAAGAUGGCAUCAAAUGGACUGUCUGUGAGGAUCUGCGUGUGGGUAAGUUGGAGUCUGAUCUCCCACAUGGUCCCUGGAAGAAACAGUGAAGGCUGCACUGGGUGUUGCCUGUGUUCAUUGCUGAUUCCUGCCUGCUCCUCUGCUUUGUACCGGUAACUGUGCUUCAAGCCAACCAUACAGGAGGGCUCUUGUGAACAGGAUGAGUGCUCAGAUCUCUAGCAAGCAAACGUGCUGACAGCUACCACUUCCAGCUAUAUGGAGAGCUCUGCACACAAACUGUGAGAGACUGAGUUUCCAUUCAAGUGGUUACAACUGUGUAAAUACAAUGUGAUGCCCAUUUCUCCCUUCCAGCACUCAUAUCCAUGCCAGCCUUCCUUACCCCUGCAAAAAGAAAAUAGCAUGGAAAUGUGACCCCUUCUUUCUGAGCUAUUGUCAGGGUUGUUAAAAUUGUUGGGGUUUCAUUCAUUAAAUCUAAGCUUUAAAACCUAAUAAAUCAAAGUGCUAUUGGAGCCAGUGAGAGUUUUC